GCGAGAACGACUAAUCAACACUGAAUUUCGGUUAGUUCAGUUCCUACUAUCAUAUGACUUAGUUGUCUUUUUACGUUAAUAGUCAUUGUAAUUUUAGUAUAUUCGAUCGUCACAGUCAAUUCAUUCAGCAAACAAAAAUGUCCGAGACACCUUCCUACGAAAUAUUUGAUUGGAUCAAUAAAGCGUACCUGCAAAAAGUGUUAGAGAGCCACGAAUCCGUCGCAGUGAAUAUAAUCAACCAUGACGUCAAACAUGCCACUGCGAAGGGCGAUGGCAAUUUGAGUGCAAUGUUUCGAGCGUCGAUUAAAUAUUCGACUGGAGUCGAUCGCAAUGAGAAGAACAUUUCGAUUAUCAUAAAAGCGCGUCUUGACGAUGCAGCGUUGAACGAAAUUACGGAGGAGUACAAUUUAUACGAAAGAGAGUCGCAAGCUUACAAGUGCAUAAUCAAGGACAGCAUGGAGCUUCUGAGGGAAAUCGGUGAUGAUACUGUAUUUGCUCCGAGAUUGAUCUACAUUGACGACAAUGCCAUAAUUCAAGAGGAUUUGUCGGCUAAAGGGUAUGCAAUGAAGAACUGCAAGAAACGGUUAAAUUCAAGGGAAUGUAAAAUGGUCCUUGAAAAAGUAGCCAAAUACCAUGCAUGCACGGCGGUACUGUAUCAACGGAAUCCGGAGAAGUUCCAGUAUCACAAACAAAGUAACAUAACGGAGAACUUCAAUCCGUUGCAUUUAUUUUAUCAGAACAUGGUGGCCAACUGCAUUAAAUACGCGAAAACGGUGCCGAAGCUUCAAUGCUACAUUGAAAAGUUGGAAACCUUCCACACGCAAGUGAUAGAGAAAAUGGUCGAUGUGUUCAAAAGAGACGAUCGAAGUUUCAACGUCCUAAACCAUGGAGACUUGUGGAUCAAUAAUUUGAUGUUUCAUUCGGAUAAUAAUGGGGAGGCAGAUGAAGUGUUGCUUAUUGACUACCAAGAAGGAUUUUUCGGAUCACCUGGUAUCGACCUGAACUGGUUCACAUACACGUCUUGCAACCAGGAAGUCUUAACAAAUGAUGUUCAAACUCUCUAUCAGUACUACUACACCGUUUUGGCUGAAACUUUAAAGAAACUGAAAUAUCCGAAAGACAUUCCAAGUUUGGCUGAUAUUCAAAACGAAAUCCAAAAGAAGGGAAACCACGGAUUAACCACUUUGAUUUGUUACACGGCAAUAUUCUUCAACGAGCGCAAAGAGUUACAGGAUGCCGUCAAUUUCAUAUCCGAUUCGGAGGAGUGCGAACAAAUCCGAACAAUAAUUUUCGACAAUCCAGAUUAUGCACAAAGUUUGGUCGAUAAUUUACCGAAAUUUGUUGAAAGUGGGCAUUUUUAUGUGCUGAGUAGAACAUGCGGUUUCGUUGCAGAAGUCCAUCGUUUCCCACAGCAACGACCGAUCGUUUGGUACAACCGUAGCAUAGCAUUGAGCGCAGCGUCGAAUAAAACUGGCAUCACGAUCGAUACGAGCGGCUUCUGCCUCAAGUUCGAAGUUACAGUUAAGCUGCAUCUAAAACCUUCAGACAGUAUUGUGAGAUUUAAAAUAGUAGCGAAAAUGUCUGUAAUGGAACCGCAACUAAUUCCGGAGUGGCUAAAUUUAAACUUUUUGGAAAAAUCAAUCCGAAAGCACAGCAAAAACAAUUUCGUUUCGAUUCAAAAUUUUACCAUUGUACCGGCAACGGCAAAAGGUGAAAAUUUUGCUAGCGUAAUGUUUCGCAUUAACGUUAAAUAUCACCUUGGUGACGAGAUAGAACGGACAGUAACUUUCUUAGUUAAGGCUGCCUUCGAAGAUAACUUUAUGAUGCAUAUUCUCAAUGAGCUUAACGCGUUCGACAAAGAACUUGAAAUGUAUCAAAGCGUUUUACCAAAAUUGAGGAUACUUCUCGAUGAUGCCGGCCAUCGAGGUGAAUUGUUCGCUGGCACAAUGUACGUAAGCUUUUCAAAGAAAGCUAUUGUGUUUGAAGAUUUAGUACAGAAGGGAUAUCGAAUGCCGAGCAGCGUAGCAGGGCUGGACAUUGUGCAUUCGAAAAUUGUUUUAAAAAAGUUGGCUAAAUUCCAUGCAACAUGUGCUGUGCUAGAAGAGCGAGAGCUUGGUGUUUUUAAGAAUUUUCGUUACGGUAUGCUGAAUCGUAACACCACAACAUUCGACUACCUCUACCUUAGUUUGCUUGAUACGCUCAUUGAAGUGGUUUCAAAAUGGACUGACUACGGUCAUUAUGCUGAAAAAUUAACGAAUCUUCGGUUGAGUUUGGCCGAAAGAGGUAAACAGUCAUUCGAUGCAAAACCGCAUCAAUUUAAUACGUUGAUUCACGGCGACUUAUGGGUUAACAACACAAUGUUCACGUACAAUGCAAAAAAUGAACCGGAGAAAAUGAUGCUAGUCGAUUUCCAAUUUUGUUGUUGGGCCUCGCCAGCAGUUGAUUUGCAUUAUUUUCUCAAUACGUCGCUGACGGACGAAUUGCGCUUGAACAACCAAGACGAGUUAGUGCAAUUUUAUCACUCUGAGUUGUACCGAAUGCUAACGAGUCUACGGUACAAAAAGCAUAUUCCAACACUGCACGAAUUUCGCGUACAAUUCAACGAGAAUAGCUUCUAUGCUUUUAUUUCGGGUCUACUUAUUCAUCCCAUUCACAUCAAUGAGAAUUGUGAAGACGCAGAUCUUGUAGCUUUAUUCGGUACCGGUGAGAAACCAGCUCGGUAUCGUCACACGGUUUUCAACAAUCCCAAAGUGCACAGCAAUAUUAGGCAAUUGCUACCAAUUUUUGAUAAAAAAGGUUUGUUGAAUUAAUAUGAACUUGUUGGUGAUUUGGUUAUUACAGACGAGUUGCUGUAUUUUCCAUUCUAAUGAUUUGUAGAAUAAUAAGUUGAGUUAAUAAAAUUUAAAAAA